AUGUCUCUACUGUCGAUCCUGUCGCGCUCGCGAGCGCGCAUUUUUACAGUCCCGCGAACGCCGCUUAGACGCCUGUCCACGCUACCGAACACGCAUAUCUUCCGCGCUCUGCAGAACCAUGACCCGGACAGCUUGGCUGUGGUUCAUAGUGCCUCUGAGCGCUCUUUCACAUAUGGAAGUCUGAUUGGCGACGUUGUCCGAGCGAAGGAUGACCUCGAGCGCAAGGCCGCCAAAGGACAGGGCACGCUGGUCGGCGAGCGGGUUGCGUUCCUUGCGGAGAACAGCUAUGACUACGUAGUCACAAUGCUUGCCAUCUUCGCCAGCGAUGCCAUUGCGCUACCGCUAUCCCCGGCUUUCCCAACGGGAGAGCUGAAGUAUAUCUUGGAUAAUUCGCAGGCAAAGAUGCUACUCGUGACCGAGAAGUACUCUGACAAGGCUAUGGAGGUUCUGCGAGAGGGUCUGGAACAUGAUCCUAUCUUCAAUGUCCGCACUAAACUCCAGGGUACGAGCGGCGAGCCCGUCACCCUGAAAGACCUCGAGCAGCCUUCAGCCGGUGGAAUGAUGUUAUAUACCUCGGGCACGACAAAUCGACCGAAAGGAGUUCUCAUCCCUCAGUCUGCACUAGCAGCACAGGCAUCUUCGCUGUUAGAAGCAUGGAAGUACAGUCCAUCAGACCGACUUCUCCAUCUCCUGCCUCUGCACCACAUUCAUGGCGUUGUGAACGCCAUUGUGGCACCUAUCGUGGCUGGAUCAUCUAUCGAGUUCAUGUACCCCUUCAACCCGGAACAAGUAUGGAAGCGACUUGCGGCGCCAUUCCAGUCAAGCUCCAAAUCACCCAUCACAUUCUUAACCGCCGUCCCAACAGUAUACAAUAGACUGAUGACGACGUUCAACAAUCUACCCCCAGAUCUCCAAAAAGCCAGCAAAGAAGGAAUAUCUCCUCAGAACCUUCGCCUAAACAUUUCCGGCUCCGCUGCACUGCCCACACCGACCAAAACCAAAUGGACCGAGCUCAGCAACGGCAAUGUUCUCCUCGAACGCUUUGGCAUGACCGAGGUCGGAAUGGCAAUUAGUUGCGGUCUCGACAACGCGGACCGUGUCGACGGUAGUGUUGGAUGGCCUUUGCCAGGCGUUGAAGCACGACUUACCGAUCUCGAGAGUGGAGAAGUGAUUCCAGAGUCUGAAUUAAACCGAGAAGGUGAGAUCCAGCUGCGCGGCGAGACAAUCUUUGCGAAGUACUGGGGGAAUGAGAAAGCGACCAAAGAGGGAUUUGUAGAUGGAUGGUUCUGUACUGGUGAUGUUGCGGCGAGAAAGGUUGUCGAAGGAGCCGGCAGCGGGAAAAGUGGACAGUGGGCCAAGGGGCCCAUGUAUUUCAUACAAGGACGCAAGAGCGUCGAUAUCAUCAAGGCGGGCGCUGAGAAGAUUAGUGCAUUGGAGGUUGAGAGAGAGUUGCUUUCUCUACCCCAAAUCAUCGAAGCGGCUGUCGUUGGCCUUCCCUCCGAGCAGUGGGGACAGAAAGUUGCCGCAGUGGUUGUUCUCAGUGGCGAUGCUGCUGCGUCGGGAAAGAGUGGACGAUCAUGGGGGCCGAUGGACAUGAGACGUGCGUUGAAAGACCGUCUUGCCUCGUACAAAAUCCCACAGGAGAUGAAGGUCUUGGAUGCCAUCCCGCGGAAUGCGAUGGGCAAGGUCAACAAGAAGGCGCUCAUCAAGGAGGUCUUUGACAUUUAA